AUGCCAGGUGUUUCCGUUAGAGACGUUGCUGCUCAAGAUUUCAUCAACGCUUACGCUUCUUUCUUGCAAAGACAAGGUAAGCUAGAGGUUCCAGGUUACGUGGAUAUCGUCAAGACCUCUGCUGGUAACGAAAUGCCACCACAGGACUCUGAAGGUUGGUUCUACAAGCGUGCCGCCUCUGUCGCUAGACACAUCUACUUGAGAAAGGAAGUCGGUGUCGGUAAGUUGAACAAGUUGUACGGUAACGCCAAGAGCAGAGGUGCUAGACCAUCUCACCACGCUGACGCUUCUGGUUCCAUUAACAGAAGAGUCUUGCAAGCUUUGGAAAAGAUCGGUGUCGUCGAAUUGUCUCCAAAGGGUGGUAGAAGAAUCUCUGAGAACGGUCAAAGAGAUUUGGACCGUAUCGCCGCUCAAACUUUGGAAGAAGAAGAAUAA